AUGGCUCUCUUCAUCUCGACGGAUAUUGUCACGUGUACCAGAAGCAAAAUUGACAGCUUCAUCUUUGAUGUUAAAACCGACGUCAAAGCGAGUACUAAGCGUCGGAUCUUGAGUGCUGUGUCUACCUUGUAUGACUCACUGGGGUUUUUAUCACCAGUGAUCCUUAGCGCCAAAAGAAUUCUACAAGAAUUGUGGCUUGUCGGUGUUGACUGGGAUGACCAAGUUCCCGAAUGGAUAGCCACAAAGACAUGUCGCUUUCAGACGUUCGUCGCAAAUCGAAUAUCCGAAAUCUUAGAGCAUUUUCAACCAACUGAAUGGAGACAUGUCCCAGGAAUCAAAAAUCCAGCUGACGAGUGCAGCAGAGGACUUAUCCCUGAUGAGAUGAUGGAGAAUUACCAUCAAGGGGUAUCAGCCUCCAACUGGAUUGGGCUUGUUUACGGCCCCACUGAAGAAAAUAGGCUCCGCUCACUUUUGGAACGAAAUUCCAACUACGACGUAGUGAUGCAAAUUGUUUCAUGGAUCCUUCGUUUCAUUUCCAACUCGAAAUUGAAAUUGCUGGAUCGUGACAAAUCACGCAUUGGUGUCAAAUGCAUUCAGCACGCUGCUAAUCAUUGCAUCAAAUCUGCGCAAUUGGAUAUAUAUUCCGAAGAAAUAGAGGCUUUAAAGGAUAAAAAAUCUUUAAAAUUGAGUUCGACGCUGAUUACUUUAUCACUAUUUCUGGAUGAAGAAGGAAUACUGCGAGUAGGAGGUCGCUUGAAUUACGCCCCCCUUUCCUUCGACAUCAAGCAUCCCAAAAUCCUGCCUCACGAUCAUCCCCUCACGCGUUUAAUCGUCAUGAGAGAGCAUGAUCUCCUGUUUCACCCAUCUCCAGAAAGACUGCUCAGCUCAAUAAGGUCUCAAUAUUGGAUCAUUAAAGGACGAGUGGCUAUCAAAAGGUAUCUGCACAAGUGCUUUACUUGCAAACGCCAUAGAGCUACUCCCUGCAUUCCUUUAAUGGCCCCGCUUCCGCGUCAUCGUCUUAUUUCGUUCCAACGUCUAUUCACUCAUGUGAGUUUGGACUAUUUCGGCCCGUGCAACAUCACCAUUUAUCGUCGCAAAGUAAAACGAUAUGUUUUUCUGAUAACCUGUCUCAACACUAGAGCGGUACACUUGGAAGUUGCAGCCUCACUCGACUUGUCGUCUUUUUUUAUCGCCUUUGCUUCGUUCGCCGCCCAAAGAGGUCGCCCGUCAGUCGUGUAUAGCGAUAAUGGAACUCAAAUUGUUGCUGGAGACAAGGCAAUCCAACAAGGCAUCGAGCGUCUCAAGAAGCAAAACAUCGUUGGUCAAAUGGUGAAACAAGAAAUCGAAUGGCAUAUUUCACCACCAUUAGCGCCACAUUUCGGAGGCGUUUGGGAAAGUCUCGUAAAAUCAGCAAAGGUGGCUCUGGAGGCCAUUGUGGAAUCACGUCCUCUUACCGAAGAGCUUUUACGUGGUUUCGUGAUUCAGGCCGAAUCGUUGUUGAAUGGACGUCCACUGACCUAUGUCAGUGUGGACCCUCGAGAUCCCGAACCACUUACCCCUAAUCAUUUUUUGUUAGUCCAGAGCUCGCCUAACACCGAAGACGACGUCAUCGAGGACGAGAAACUGUAUUCUCGAAAACAUUGGGAAGCUUUGCAAGUCAUGACGACACAUUUUUGCCGCCGAUGGCUUCAAUAA